UUGUUUCUUAUGACUUAAACUUUUUUUCAGGAUGAACAGAGAGCUUUUAACACAAGGAGCUGAAGGACGGGUCUUUACCACUUCAUGGCUUGGGCAGUCAGUAAUUGUUAAGCAGAGGUUUCCAAAAACAUAUCGUCAUCCAGAUUUAGAUGCACAGAUCACUCGUGAGCGUAUAAAGGCAGAAGCUCGGGCUUUAGUUAGAUGCCGAAGCUUUGGAAUAAGAACUCCAGCUGUUUAUGAUGUGGAUUUUACCACAAAUGAGAUAGUGUUGGAAGAAAUUAAUGAUUCAGUGACAAUCAGAAAUUUUAUUUAUGAUGCAGUUAACAAGCUACAGUCUAUGAACAGUCCAGUUUUUAUGAACUUAGCUGAAAAAAUUGGAAAAACUCUUGCAAAACUGCAUGCUAAUAAUAUUAUUCAUGGGGAUUUGACAACAUCAAAUAUGUUACUGGUUCCUCCAUAUGAUACAUCCGAUAUUAUCCUUAUUGAUUUUGGACUGAGCUCAGUCGAUGAGCGUCCAGAAGAUAAAGCUGUAGACUUGUAUGUUCUAGAACGAGCAGUUUUAAGUACUCAUCCCAAUACAGAAUUGUUUGUUCAGCAGCUUUUGUCAGUCUAUAAAACAGCUGGUGGAAAAGUAGCAGCAGAAGUUAUUAAUCGUUUGGAUGAAGUGCGGAUGCGAGGCAGAAAGAAACUCUGUUUUGGAUAAUAGUAUGACUGUAUUCAGUGAUUCCUUGUUUAUUCCCAAAUAAAUGUUCUUUGUAA